AUGAUUAUCGACGGCGAGACGUACGCAUGCGAGAGCUGCAUCCGCGGCCACAGGUCGCGCAACUGCCAGCACAACGAUCGCCCUCUGCAGCACAUCAAGGCCAAAGGCCGCCCCGUGUCGCAGUGCAACCACUGUCGCUCCGAGCGCAAGAACAGAUCCGCGCAUGUCAAAUGCCAGUGUGGCAAACGAGCUUCCGAGGGAGGGUCUGACUGCGGCUGCUUUUCAGGCCAAAAAUGCAGAUGCGCGACGAAAAAGAGCCCCAAGCAGGAACCCACGAAGCUCGGCGACGUCUCGGACCAGAUCUCCGAGCUGGCGUCGCCCGCAAGCAUGUUGACCAUGACCAGCCCUGCACAGCUGUCCUCCGCGGGCACUGAUUUCCAGUGGUCCGACGCAGCGACGCCGGCGUCCAACUUUACGUCGCUCGAUGGGCUGGCGCAGUUUGACCCCGACGCAUGGAUAAGCAGCCCGCAGCUCGACAGCACGAUGGGCUUCGGCGGCGGGGGAAGCAUGGACCAGAGCGCUGCGAUGCCAGCCGCGGGGGCAGAGAGCGGGACUGGCCUCUUCUCGUCGCCUCAGCAGCAGCAGCAGUUUCCGAUGGAUGUGCCGGAUUUUGCAAGCAUGAAUGAGUGGCCGGCCAUGGACGACGAAGCGACAAAGCAGCUUCUCGCCAUGAUGGAUGCUUCAGCAGGCGUGGACCUGGACAGCUUCGACGCAGGCGCGCUUAGCUUAAUGGGAGGGAACAGCAACGCGGAUUCGACGUUUGGGCUGGACUUUGCGCAGCAGCAGCAGCAGCCGUCGCCGCAACCCGCGACGGACAACGCAAAGCCAGCGUGCAACUCUAAGCAAGAAGAAGGCUGUGGGCCUUGCUGUGGGUAG